UCGUUCAAUAUAAAUUGUGAAGUGCGCGAAAUACUAAUAACGUCUGUCCAAUUCGAUUAAGUAGGUUUGAUAAAUUUAAAGGCUUUUAUUUACAACAUAUUGCCAUAUACAUCAACGAUUUAGUGUUGUAUUUAUUUAAUUCUCCAAUUUGCCAUUUAAUCAACUAAAUUAGCUUACAAGUAUAAAUAUUUAAGAAAUAAAUCGUAUACUUUAAUGCGACAUUUGUGAAAGGAUUACCCCCAAUAUAAAUAAUUGUAAUCUAAGAAAUAUUGAAGUGCUUAAUAUUUAAUCACCAUAAAGAAGUGUAAUUGAAAACAUCACAAUGCAGCAUCCACGACGUACUUCAGAAUUCCAUGAUGAACCUGGUACAGCAACAAAACGGAAUUCUCGGAGCACGCAAAUGCGUCUAAGUCGGAUAGCACGCCCACACUCAAUAGAUCGUCAAACUUUGGGGCUAACCAGCUCAGCGAAUCGCGGCAGUAGAAUCACACCUCAAAAGCAAACGCAAAACAUUGGAAUUACGGAAGCGCCCAGCACUGCAAACAAGUACGCCACCAAAGCAAAUCGCAUUGCGCGACCUUCUUCGGUGGAGCGUCAAACAUUGGGUAUUCCAGGAUCUGCGCUGCGGAGUAGUCGCACCACACCACAAAAAACCCCAAUUUCAAUUAGUAAGGCUACAACGCGUGUACUCUUCACUGCCGAAAAACAGCGAAAUGCUCAUAAUGACAAGAAAUGGGUACAGGAGAGAGCCCAACAGAUUACGGAACAUUUGAGAGAAACAGUCAAGCCUGGUGCCGUACACGGACUACCAACUGAAUUUUUCGCGCGUAGCGGUUGUCUACGUCAAAUGUCAACUAAACAAUUUAUAGGAAUAAUCAAUCAUUUUCUUCACUAUAUCUGGGGUACACGUUUCACUGUGGGCAAUAAUUAUAUCGAUGAUAUUAUAAAUAUAAUGCAAAAACUACAAUAUCCACAUCAAGUAAAUAAGUCAUGGUUAAAGACGCCAAAUACUACACACUCAUUUGGAUUUGUAAUUCAACUAUUUGACUUCUUAAUGGAUUUUGUGCCACCCCAUGAUGAGGAUGAAAGAAAUAAUAUGGAAUUUGAAUUUGAGGAUCCAAAAACUAUAACGCAAAGUUCGUUCAUGCAAGAAUCGCCAGAUGCGGAUUUUACAGCACUAGUUUUACAAAAUUCCGAAGAAGGCUUUAAGCUCUGGGACAAACAAUUAGAUGAUGAUCUAUAUAAUCUGAAACAGCAGACUUGUGAUGUGCUUAUUUACAAACGUUGUGGUCUACACGGUAUUACAGCGCUAGAUGCACAGUUAGAAGAACUAAAGAAUGAUCUUUGUGACGAAGAGGAAAAGCGACCUAAAAUAAGCGAAGAAGAGGAAGAACGUUGUAUUCGUUUGGAAAAUGAACUUAAAGAAAUACAAGAGCAGCUACAGACGGCACAAGAAAGUUUAGAAAUAACCACUAAUAAAUUAACUGAAUUACAAGAGGAGAAACGCGAAUAUAAAAACGAACAUACACACCUAUUACAAAAAGUAGAACAAAUACAAAAAAUCCUUUCUAAACAAACAGUUAGCGUAGAGCGACGUGAUGCCCUUAUAGAGGAGCUAGAACAACGUAAGUACACGCUACAACGAAUGGAACGUACUUUACGUGAUCUGGAGGGUAGCCAACACCAUCAACAAGUUUUAGUAUCGCGCCACAAAAAACAAUUGACCGAUCAAAUUGUCAAAUAUAACGAUCAUAUACGCAAUAUAAGCUGCACCAAACUGCAAUGUGAUGCGAGUGUAUUGCAGUUGCCACUCAAUCCACAGUUUGAGGAUGUAAAAGAACGCAUAAAAAUAUUAGAGGCAACACGCGCAAAUGCCCAAAACCAACUACAACAGAUGAUACAGCAAAAGCAGGCACUUGAUAAACAAGCUCUUCAAAUGAAUCACAAUAUAAAUACAUAUUUGAAAUCAACAUGUGCUGAGCUAGAAAUGGCAAUAAAACACGCAGAGCGUGACAGUAAAGAAUUAGCAAAACAAAUGCAAACACAAUGUACCGUUCUGAAUGCACAAUUGCAUAAACUAGAGGAACGCAUACAACAGUUACAAAUUGAUUGUAAUUCUUUAAAAAAUACAAAGCAUGAGAAACAAUUGGCUCUAGAAAAAUUAGAAAAACAAAAUGAAGAUUUAAUGAAUCGCGCUGAAUUGGAAUAUAAAACGAUUGCAGAUGAACGCGAAGCAUGUCUUAAUGAAUACGAGUCGAAACUUGAGCAAGCAAAUCAGAUAUUAUUGCAAUUCAUUGAAGAAAUAGAGCAACGCGAAACAAUGCUGAAACGAAUCGAGGAAGAGGAGGUAAAGACUUAAUUAAAUACAUUUUAUAUUAUAUAGUAAUGAAAUGGAAUUUAAUUUAUGAUCUUUGUAUCAUCUCUCCAUAUUAAAUACACAAUAAUUUAUUACAAAUGCAAAUACACAUAAUGAUCAUAUAA